AUGCCGGCAGCGUCAACAACCCAGCGCCUACUGCGCGAACUGAAAGACUACACCAACUCCCCCAACGAAGCCCUCCUCCACCUCGGCCCAAUAGACGAAGACGACCUCUUCAAUUGGGAGGCAGUCCUCAAAGGCGUAAAAGGAACACCCUACGAAGACGGCCUCUGGUCCCUCUCGAUCCAAAUCCCACAGAACUACCCCCUCGCCCCUCCCACAAUCCGCUUCACGACGCGAAUCUCACACCCGAAUAUCUCCUUCACGACCGGCGAAAUCUGCCUCACGCUGCUGACGACCGAGCACUGGAGCCCCGUUUACACGCUCUCGACUACCUUAACCGCGGUCCACCAGCUCCUCACGGACCCGAGGCCUGACUCGCCGCUGAAUGUGGAUGUUGCGGCGUUGUUGCGUGAUGGCGAUGUACCUGCUUGGGAGAGUAUUGUGAGGUAUUAUACCCAGGAGGAGAGGUGGAAGGGGAGGGUUUGA